AUGAAAUGAUACAGGGCGGCGGCGAAAAAGGGAGGCCCAAGAAAAAUAAAGUGAACAGAACAGAACAGCCCAAAUUCUUUUGACCCUCCCAGUUUUAAACUCUCUCUCGGGCAGGAACCAAAGGUCUGCCGUCCAGCGAAAACACACCACCACCCAAGGUCCCGACGAAGCUGACUGUUUAAACCACAAACCAUCUGGAGAACAAGACUGAUUUCAGUGACCUUUUGUAAAUUGGCUGACAGGUUCUAGUAAACUUGUUCUGCGAGGUGCAACGAGCCACAUACACAGAAUUCCACAGCGGCUCUUUGACGCGUGCGAAGCCGCAUCGAUGCUAAUGCUGUCAUGGAUUCGUCUGGGUCCGGGGUACGAUCCUUAUGUCUGGAUGAAUGUCUCCAUUGUUAUGAAACUAGCUAAAGGUGGAAUAAAGGCAGACGCUCCGGAGGAACCUCGUAGACGCACAUUUUCCACUAUGAACCGCGCCUUCAACAGGAAAAAAGAUAAGUCAUGGAUGCACACCCCGGAAGCCCUGGCCAAGCACUACAUACCCUACAACGUCAAGUUCCUCGGAAACACAGAAGUUGAAACCCCAAAAGGCACAGAAGUUGUGAAGGAUGCAGUCAGAAAGCUGAAGUUUCAGAGACACAUCAAGAAGUCAGAGGGACUGAAGACCCCUAAAGUGGAAUUACAGAUCUCCAUUUAUGGCGUGAAGAUAUUAGAUCUCAAGACAAAAGAUGUGCAGCAUAACUGUCAGUUGCACCGGAUAUCCUUCUGUGCGGAUGACAAAACUGAUAAAAGGAUAUUUACUUUCAUCUGCAAAGACUCGGAGUCCAACAAACACCUCUGCUUUGUGUUUGACAGUGAAAAGUGUGCAGAGGAGAUAACUCUCACAAUCGGUCAGGCUUUCGACUUGGCCUACAAGAAGUUCCUGGAGUCUGGAGGCAAAGACGUGGAAACCAGGAAACAGAUCGGAACCCUGCAGAAAAGGAUUCAAGAGCUGGAAACAGAAAACUCUGAGCUUAAGCAACAGCUUCAAGACCUUGAGGAGCAGCUGAUGAUAUCUCAUGUUUCACCACCGCUGCACAUAAACGCGGCGAACGAGGCGUACAUGCUGCAGAGGCCCUCGUCUCUCUUCUGGUGCCACAGCAUCGCGUCGCUCUCCUGCCUGGAGAUCUCCUCUCUCACGCUCACGCCCAUGAGCUCGCCGGAGUCCAACUUGUCGAGCGGGCUACUAACUCCUCCGCCUGCCAAACCUGCUCUGCUUCCCCCUAAGCCUCCCGAGGGAUGCAGCAUCCCGCGGCCUCGCGCAGGGAGCAACUCCAUGAAACCAAAGUCUACGGACGUUUUCGACAUGGUUCCCUUCUCCCCUGUGACAGCGCUGGUUCCCACAAUGGCCAGUAACGGCUGCCCACCACCACCACCGACCACUUUACCCCCAGACAUGAGUAAAGACCUGUUUGGUGCAGAGCCGUUUGAUCCGUUCACCUGCGGCUCUGCUGACUUCCCUCCGGAUAUUCAGUCCAAGCUGGACGAGAUGCAACGUCAGAGAUGGAGGGGUUCAAAAUGGGACUGACCUUAGAGGGCACCGUCUUCACUCUGGACCCGCUAGACAGUCGCUGCUGAUGCCAUGAAGAUGCUCUUUGUUGCGUACUUUUAACUCGUUUGUAUGAAGAAGUGCCAAAAUCCACUCCACUGUUGAGUCAAGAUGUCGCGGUUUUCAUCUUGAGGUUUAUAUGCAUUUGCAUUUAGAUUGUUUUUAUUUGGAAUAUUUCAAAGUAGACUCGGACCCAUUACAGAAAAUAACUAUUUUUGUAAAAAAAAAAAGAAGCGAGAGGAGUACUUUGCUUGCACAGGCAAUGGGUGAUGUAAAUAGUUGAAUAUGUCCAAUGUACACUCUGUGACAGAAUUUUCAUAUGAAACGAUGUGUGUGUAUGCACUAUAUUGUUGUAUUGUUAACACAUUCCUGUUUGUAUGAGUACAAGCUGGUGGAGAAAAUUAAUGGCAUCUGUAUCAUUAAACAGCUUUCCCAUAACAACUCAUUAUUUUACUCAACAUUAAAUAGUUAAUCAAUCCAGUUUAUGUUUUAAGGCUUCGCGAUCUUGAGUUAUAUUUUUUUGUCCUGUAUUUUACAGGUUUGAGUUGCCAUUUCAGUAUUUACUUUAUUUUUUAAUUGUUUUUAUUUUAGUCUCCUCUUCCCUUGCACCAGAAGUCACUUUUUUUGGACAGCCUCUGUCUAUACACAGUGCUUUUCCAUUAUUUUUGCUUUUGGUUGCAUUGACUUUGCUGUUGCUACAGAUAUUAAAGAAAAUCUUACAAGCGCA